GACCCAUUAAAGCCCAAAUGUUCAAAGUUGGAGCUUUUAAUCCAAACCAAGGCAAACGCCAACCAACCCAUCUCUAACUCAGAGACUCUGUGCUCGUGGUGUUGCGAGCUGCGCUGCUGACACUAGCUAGCGAGCCAUGCCAGGCCCAGGACCGCACCUGAUGUACGCCAUGGGCUCGGGCCUGGCCCUCACGUCCGUCACCAACGGCCGCUUCAGUCCGCACCACACUCUCACCUACGCCGUCAACGCCUUCUUCGGCCCUGACAUCGGCUCCUUCUCCGAGUGGCUUGCCGCCACCCUCGGCUUCGGCCGAACCUUUGCCUCCGAUCUAGCCGAUGUCAUCCACCAUCCCUUUUACUACGUCCUGAUUCUUGGGCUCCCUCUGUGUUUUCUCUACUCUUGGGUCUCCAGGGUUUUGCUCAAAAAAGGGGUUCUCGAUUCAGUGUCUGGGGUGCCACUUACUAAGAAGCAAUGCUUAUUGUUGGUCUCAGCAGGUUCUUUAACGCACUUUUUCCUAGACCACUUGUUUGAGGAAAAUGGGCAUUCAACGAUGUAUAGUUGGAUAUUAAGCACUGGCUGGUGGGAGAGCCGAGCACCUAUCAAUCCAGAUGCUGUUGUUGUAGUUGGCUUCUUAUGCAUUUGCUUAAUUGGUGGCUUUAUUUACAUCAACAGAGUGAAGUCGUUAAAGUCCACCAGAAAACAAUCAUAUCAAUCAAUGAAACUUAUGCUGAUCAUAGCAAGCCUGUACUGCUUAUGGUGUGCUAGUCAAGUAUACUGGGCAAAUCCUCGUCGGCCGGCUGUUGGCGAAGAGGCUGACCUUGGAGUUCUUGUCUUUUUAGCCACUUAUUUUUUUCUCCCCCACUGUUUGUGUAUUAUGUCCAUGUACCCUAAAGAUCUUGAAAUAGAGCAACUUCCCCCUUGACAACAUUUGCAGUUGUUUCGAGCAUCAUUUGAUGCAUAUGAAGAGCUUCAACUCACUCUUGAUUUAUUCA